CUCCUCUCCUGUUUUUCGUCGAAAGCUAGCUGAGUCUCUUUCGCGCGCUACACCUCGUGAGUCCUAGCCGAAUGAAAGGAUGUGAUACACUUGCCUGAGGAAUCAGCCCGUCUUAGAAAACAAUCUCAGCCACCACAAAGAACAAAGAUGUCACUCGUGCGAACUCGAUCGAAGAGGCUGGAGACCAAGAAUGAUCAGCUGCAGUCAACCGGUGCUCGCAAAUCGAGACGACCAACGAGGAAGAAAGAAGUUGACAGCACCGAUUUCGUCGAUGAAGAUUCCCGCGAAAAUGCUCUGGUGCCUCCCGGCAGGCGUCGAACCGCGAAGCGGAAACAGGCAGAGCAAGACGAAGAACCAGAGCCGCAGCAAGACACGAAAAAAAGAAGGGUGACCAGACGAAGCAACGUCGUAGAGAUCGAGAAAGCUGAAGAAUCACCAAAAAUCAGGAGCACAAGGGGGAAAAGGUCGAAAGUCGAGGAAGCCUGUCCGGAGAGUCCGGAAAUGGAAGCGGAGAAACCCAAGCCGAUGGGUCUCAAGCGCGUAGGUCUCAAGCCAAUGGGUCUGAAGCGUCCUCUCAAAGAGGACAACAAAUCGACUGUAGUGGAGCAGGAGCCUUCCGUGGAUCAGGAAAAUGCCCCGAGUUCGAGAGGCAGACGAAAUGCUCGCAAAGUCGUCGCCGAAAUGGUGGAGUUCGAUCCCGACGAGGAGUCCGAAACCGACUUUUCAGAUAAUGAUGACGAUGACUUCGUUCUGCCCGAGUCGGAUAAAUCCGACGGAGAAGAGUUUGCUCCAGACGUCGAGCCCGAGCCCAAGAUAAUCGCCACACGGAGGAGGACGAAGCCGAAGGAGCUGACCCGUAGCGAUAAGAUCCGUCAAUUCUUGCUAGACGUCGACAUGUCCGCACCUCCUGGAGUUUCCCCGGUUAAAAAGCCGGACGCUCAACCGGAGAAACCCGAAGGCGCGUCUUCGGGAACGGGGCUCACAUCGAAGCCCAAGACCGCUACUCUGCCAAGUUCGUCUGAGGAGAGUGCAUCAGAGUCAGAGGAUGACGAGGAAUCGCCAGCUCGCCGCAGCAGGAACCGGAAACAGUCGAGAGCUGUCAAGGGAACACCGUCAUCG